AUGGUUUAUUUGCAGAAGGCUUUGUCUAUACAUACAAACUGCCAACUAGGUGAAGAAGACCACUGGAUUUACCAGGCUAUUGUGGAUCAGUACUCUGGAGAUCUCGUUGGCAGAAGGACUCUGUAUCUGGACAUGUUACAAAGAUAUUAUCCUCACAAAUCUAGGCAUGAUUUGGUCAAACAUGAGAAAUAUUGUGACCAGUAUCGCUUUGCUAGGGAGCAGCGAAGGAUCCUGCUAUCAAAUUGGAAUAAGAAUAGGAAAGACUUUAUACAGAAGGCUGUGCUGACCCUCAUCGAGGCUUGUGCAACUCAUGAGAUGGAAAGCACGUUGGCUAAGGACAGGAAAAAGCAACAGGAAUUGUGUGCUGAUCUGAAAGCCAAGGUUAUUCAGUGGCGAGCCCACCAGGAAGAGGUAGCAAGACUGGAAAUGGAAAUUUCUUCCAGAAGAAGAGAAAAGGAAGAGGAGAAAAAGAAACUGUGGAAAGAAAAGGAAUUGUUGCAAAGAGAGGAGAAGAAAAAAAAGAUAAGAAAAUACUGGGCUAAGAAAGAACAGAAGUGGCAAGAAAUGGAAAUGAGAGAUCUUCAGCGUCUAGAAGAACUGAAGAAAUUAAUGACUGAACAAUCGGUAAAAGACAGAGAAAGGGUUAAAUAUAGACAAGAAUUAUUGGAAAAGCGCCUGAUAGAGAAAAAAGAAGCGGCCCUUCAAGAAGUGCAUGAAGAUGAAGAGAGAACACAUCGGCUGGAAGCCCUUAGGAAACAGGUGGCUGUUGUCGCUCAAUUUGAUCCUGUUAGAAUGAUGUCAGACACAAUGGCAUCGAAAGCUAGGAUGGGCAUUGAAAUUGAAGAAGAAUUUAUUCUUCAAAAGCCACUCUUCACACUGAAUACAUACAAUGAACAGCAGAUAAUUUCUGACCCCAGAAUUCGCUUUGAGUUAGCGCUUCGAAAAGCUGGACUUCAUAAAACAUUUUAUGCCAGAGAGAUGUUACCAAAAAUCAGUCCUCAAAAACCUCCGAGAAAGGACAUGGAGUCUUCUGUAUUUAAAAUAUAGAACUCAUCCUCAAAAUUUGUGAACAAAUUUUUUUCUUUGAAAACAUUUAUAUGGAUAAUAAUAAUUACUACUUUCAAAAAUUUUUUAAAAUAUCAGACAUAGAAAUUGUAGCAUCUAUUAAAACAACUUUGCCUUUC